GAUGCAAAGUCGUGCGGGGUCCUUCCAGUGACAGUUCUGCAGCAGAUCAAUGCCAUGGCACACAGCAGAGGCUCCUAUUCCUGUGCCUGCUUCUACACUGACAAUAUUUAUAUAGAGGAGUACCAAAUGCAUGUCAGGUACACAGAUGAGCAGCAGUUCACUCAGGAAUAUCAGAAGGCAUUGCAGAGCAGAGGAUGUCGUACUGCUGAGAAGCUUGCACAAGUCCUGGAAACGGUAAAGAAAGAAGUGGAAAGAAGAAUUCAAUUAGCUGAGGAGUCCCAGCAACGGAAAUCAGAAAUUGCACUCCAUUAUAAACCAUUGCAUCCGGAGUUGUAUGUCUUACAGGAGUCUUUUCUGGCUGCAGAGUUUUUGGAAGCUGUCCAUUUUUGCCAGUCUCCCCAUGCUAGUCUGGAUGGUCUGUUAAACCUCCUUGAUUCUAUUCCAGGUAUCGGUUUUUUCAUAGAUAAAAGGAUAUAUCAACUUCCCGUAUUUGUUCCACAGUUUUGUAAAGACUUUGUAGAAGAGCUCGAACAUUUUGAAAGAUCGGCACUGGCGAAAGGACGCCCAAACACUAUGAAUAAUUAUGGGGUCCUUCUGAAUGAACUUGGGUUAGAUGACUCAUUCAUUACACCCUUACGUGAGAAAUACCUACGGCCUUUGGUCUCUCUUCUUUAUCCAGAUUGGGGAGGAAGCUGCCUGGACAGCCACAAAGCCUUUGUAGUACAGUACUCUUUGGACAAGGACUUGGAUCUCAGCUGUCACUAUGAUAACUCUGAGGUUACUCUGAAUGUUUCCCUGGGGAAAGAGUUCACUGAUGGAAACCUUUAUUUUUCUGAAAUGAGAGAGGUUCCAGCCAAUGAGAGAAGGUAUACAGAAGUUGAGCACCUUAUGGGUCAGGGUAUUUUGCACAGGGGACAACAGAUUCAUGGGGCCCUCCCCAUUACUUCAGGUGAACGGUGGAAUCUUAUUAUAUGGAAGCGAGCGUCAUCAGUACGUAACAAACUUUGUCCCAUGUGUGACAAGGAGCCCCAGCUUAUAGAGACUGCUGGACAAGGAGAUGGAUUUACAGUAAGGGAAAAAGAAAUCGGGGCACAGACCCUGGAUGUGUGUGCUGUUUUCUAAACUUAUCAUACAGAAU